AUGGCAGUUAAAGGACUAGGCAAACCAGAUCAAGUAUAUGACGGUUCCAAAAUCAGGGUCGGGAUCAUUCAUGCCCGUUGGAACCGUGUUAUUAUCGACGCCCUUGUGAAAGGUGCCAUUGAAAGAAUGGCCUCCCUUGGUGUCGAAGAAAAGAACAUAAUAAUUGAAACUGUUCCUGGAUCUUAUGAAUUACCUUGGGGGACGAAGAGGUUUGUUGACAGACAAGCAAAGUUGGGAGAACCGCUAGAUGUUGUAAUUCCUAUUGGUGUGCUUAUCAAAGGUAGUACCAUGCACUUUGAAUACAUUUCAGAUUCCACCACUCAUGCGUUGAUGAACUUACAAGAAAAGGUUGACAUGCCCGUCAUUUUUGGCCUCUUAACUUGCAUGACUGAAGAACAAGCUCUGGCCAGAGCCGGCAUCGAUGAAGCACACUCCAUGCACAACCAUGGUGAAGAUUGGGGUGCUGCUGCAGUGGAAAUGGCUGUUAAGUUCGGUAAAAAUGCUUUUUAA